AUUUUUAGCUUGUUACCCGAAACUUGUAAAUAGAAUAUAGUACUAUUUGUUUUUUUGUAAAAUCUGUCGUCAAAAUUUUCAACAUUAGUUUAAAAAAGAGACAAGAAACUUUUUUACUCAUCGGUUGCAAUGAGUCAAUCAUAUUAUCCACCACCGUAUCCUCCUCCUCAGCAAUAUUACUCGCCUCAACAACCACAGUACUACCCUCCUCAGACUGCGGGUUCAUACUCAUAUAAUCAACCUCCAACAUAUGAACAAAAUCAUGGUCAAGAGGAAAAUUAUAAUCAUGGUCGGGAGGAAAAUUAUCCCGAUUAUCAAGUGCAUAAUACCGUAGCAGAAAAAUGGAAUAAAAAACCAAGAUUUCAAGAUUUAUGGGCUAUUAUUUUGUUUAUGAUUCAUUUAAUUGGAUUUGCUGUACUAAGUUAUACCGGAAUAAAUGAAUUGAUUAACAAGAAGAAUCAACCUUCCAACACAAAUCCCAAUAAUUCCGACAACAUUAAUAUUAAUAUUUCUUCUAAUGUUAUAACACUGCUUGUAAUUGUAGGAAUAUUUGGAUUUGUCUUAAGUUUACUCUACAUGCUUUUAAUGCAAAGAUUCCCAAAGCCUCUUAUAAAAGUUACAUUAUAUCUUUCAAUCGCAUUUUAUUUUGUUGCUGCUGCUGCUUAUGCAUAUUUUAGACAAUACAUAGCGGCUAUUUUAUUGGCAAUUUUUGGAAUCUUUUAUUUGUUUUGUGCUUUCACAUGGCGUGAUAGAAUUCCGUUCGCAGCAAUUAUGUUAGAAACUGUAACCACUCUCACGAAAAAAUAUUAUGGCACUAUAAUAAUGGGGUUGGUAGGAUUGGUAAUUCAAGUAGGAUGGACAAUUUUAUGGAUAAUAACUUUGAUUGGAGCAAAAGAUAAAUUUUAUGAAUCAAGCGGAUGUGGGGAAACACAAAACGUUAAAGGGAGAAGUUCGUUCAGUUGUAGCCAACCAACUUUAUAUCUUAUCGUGUUAUAUUUAGUUUUUAGUUACUAUUGGACAAGUCAAGUUAUAAAGACCAUUAUUCAUGUUACCGACUCUGGAGUUUUUGCCACUUUUUAUUUCCUCGAAGGUACCCCUAGUGGUACUGGUUCUACUCCAACUUUAAGCUCAUUGAAACGUGCUUGUACUACUUCAAUUGGUAGUGUUUGCUAUGGUAGCUUAAUUAUUGCCAUUCUUAGUACAACAAGAUUUAUCCUUCGUAGCAUUGCACGCAGUGAUGAUGAUGCAUGUGGGUUUAUUGCUGCUUGUUUGGAAUGUUUAUUAUCCUGGAUUGAACAGCUUGUAGAAUAUUUUAAUCACUAUGCUUAUGUUCAAGUCGCAAUUUAUGGCAAAUCAUAUUGUGAUGCAGCAAAAGAUACUUGGAGAUUAAUCAAGGAACGUGGUGUUGACGCCAUCAUUAACGAUAAUCUUGUUGGAAAUGUACUUGUAAUGGGAGCUGUAUUUAUAGGCGCUCUUUGUGCAUUAUUUGGUUUUGGCUAUAUUCGUCUAUUUUUAAGUAAUGAUAUAGUAGACAAUAAUGCAAUUCUAAUUCUUGUUCUCAUCUGCUUUUUCUUUGGUCUUGUAAUGACGGGUGUUAUAACUAACGUUAUUGAUUCCGGUGUCACAACUACAUUUGUUGCCCUGUCCGAAAGUCCUGACGCAUUAAAACGUACUAAACCACAAUUAUUUGAAAGAAUUAGACGUGAAUGGCCUCGAGUUGUUCAAGGAAUAUAAUCUUUUUAAUCUUUUGAAUAUAAAUAUAGUAAAUAUUAUAUGUGUUUUAUAUUAUAGAUAUCAUUAUAAUCAAUUUAUUUAAUUUAUUCAAUAAAAUCAGAAAACUAUUUAUUUAUUAUGCAUGAUCACGACGCCCCAUGUAUAAUGAUCAUCUUGUAUUAUAACAAAUGAAAUACCAAGCCUCUCGUGAAAAGAGAUGUGAUCCUUUUGUUUGUGGCAG